UGUUAGUGCAGUAUCAGUUCUUUGCGUGUUGGUGACUGGUGAGUUGGAUAGUAUUGCGGAGGCAAAUCUUAUCAAAAUGAAAAGGUUACUUCUACUGAUUGCAAUGAUAUGGUAUGUAGACGGAAAGAAGAAACUCAAGCCCACUCUCGAGGAUAUACACGAAUACAGCACUGAUGAGUCAGUAGUAUUUGCUAAACCAGUUGUUAUCAACGCCAGGAAGAUGCACAAAGCUUUAAAAAACCCAGAUGUGGUAUCCACAUGCCGUUACAUUCUCUUUAAAACAUACAAGACAUUCCACAAAGCUAAAGAAUCCUGCGAAAAGCUCCAAAUGCCUCUAACCCACACCAACUCUUCAAUAGCUGUUAUCAAAACAAGGGAAGACAACAAGGACAUAACCCAUCUUCUGCAGCUAGCGUAUGGGGUGAAACAGGUCGGAAGGAGGUUUGAUAGGCGGAAUUGGGUGUGGGUUGGGUUAAAGAAAGUACAUAACACCGGCAAGGUCCUGAAGAAGAAUAAGCGAGGACCUAAGAAUUUCAACGCUUCAGAGUGGAGAUGGGAUGAUGGUUCAAUCCCGGAGUACGUGCGGUGGUUGAGGGAUAUGCCGGAUCAGGAGAAAGCAGGAAAAAAUUAUCAAGAUCACGUUUCAGUCAGCAAACGAGGAAGAUGGGACGAUACAUUUCCCUACAAGAAAAUGCCCUACGCCUGCAACUAUUGUGGAAAAUACAUUGUUUUAGCCCAACAUGUCACAUGGUCACACGCCAAGUUCCUGUGUAAAUCUUACGGUUUAACCAUGGCGAUGGUUAACAGCAAACGGGACAACGACGAUCUAGCGAUGGCUGUGAAAAUGGAGUUCGGGGAAGAUACUGAGAAAAAGAGGUGGGAUGAUAAUAAUUGGAUCUGGCUUGGAAGUCAAGAAAUUAUGCAAAAUGGCACGGGGACAAAAAUAUGGCAACAUCACGACGGUUCCCCCUUGCUGUGGGUGUCCCCGAAAUGGGACACGAAGAGGCAACCAGACAACUGGAGUAAACAGAGAUGGGGUGAAGAGCGGGUGGUUGCCUUCUCUCGGAUCAACCACAAGUGGGAUGAUUCGUAUCCUGAAAGGAAACGCCCGUUUGCAUGCAUGUGUCCGCACAUGUCUUGUGAAUCAAAUGUUUACCAUCAUUAACGAGAACUUGGUUGUUUAUAUGAUUAUGAGUGAACAUUUGUUUAAUUAGUUAAUUUGAUUGAUGCCGUGACAAAAUGUUUUGUGCGAAAAAUAACAAUUUGCUUCAUCA